AAUUUUGUGAAAAAAAAUUAUUAAAUUGAAUAUAAUAUUUAAAAAACUCAUCAAUUUAUAUUAAAUUUAACUAUCUAUAAAUAACUACUAAACAAAAUGUUCACCAGAAGCCGUGGCCCAGGAAAUCAAACUCCCAAUCAAAGCAAGCAGAAUUACGGAGCUGGUCGUGGAACAAUGCUGAAUCCUUCUUACGCUGGUCAAAAUAAUACCUACAUUCAACAGGGUAACUAUCAACAAAAUGCCGCUCAAAAGACACCUGGAAAUUCGACCAAUCAGCAAUUCAAGGGUGCUGCAACUCCACAGCAACAACAGCAGCAGCAACAAAUACGACAGCAGCAACAGCAACAGCAACAACCACAACAACAGCAGCCGAAUGUUCAAUCGGGACAAAAUCAAGCAAACCAACAGCAAGUUAGUCAGCCUCAACGCUUGAAGCCGAUUCUUAAACAAACUCCUCAACCUGCACCAGCUGCUCCAGUUGCUCCAGUUCAAAUACCUGCACUGGCUGAACCAGAAGCUGAAAAUAAUGAAAUUAAUGAUGAACCCAUGCCUCAACAAACUGCCGAUCAACCUAAAUGGAAACGCAUUAAAGUUCCUGGUGUUAAGGUCAACAGAAAAUUGAAGCGCUUACGUAUGAAUCAGCGUCUGAGGAAGACUUUGAUGCCCAAGAAUGCGAUUAUGGUAUUGAAUGAAAUGAAGGCUGGUGUUAAAUUUCAUCUUGUAGAAAAUAAUACCGUAUCAACUUCAAUGUUCCUUGUUCAUGCUGAGUUGGAAGGUAAAACUUACGUCGGACAGGGUCUCUCAAAACCAUUAGCACGUCAGAAUGCUGCCGAGAAUGCUUUGAAAAGCUUGCUUCUUGAAAAAAUGAAUGCUGCAGCUAAAAAAAUUAAAUUUGAUGAUGUUACCGAUGGAAAAGAAUCUGUUGCUAGUAGCCAAGAGAAUCAAAAUGAUGAGCAACCUGCCGAUGAUUCUUCCGUAAGUAGUGUAACACCAAUGGAAGUAUCCGGAAACGAAGAAUCUGAUGAUAUUCCAUGGAGUUCAUUAGCCAGCUUUGCUUUGUACAAAUUAUUUGUUGAAUGGCAAAAUCAAGGUUCUGUUGUACCUAUACCACGACCUGGAUUACAACAACCAGUUAAAGCCAAGUCUGAGCCGAAACCUUCACUGGAAAAAAAGCUUCCAGCAAACGCAGAAACAAUUCAUCCGGUGAUGUUACUUAAUCAAAUGAGACCAGGUACAGUUUAUACCGAAAUAAACCGACGUGGAAACCCUCCUAAUACGUACUUCACUUUAGCCGUUGACAUUGACGGGACAUCUUACAGUGGUGAAGCUAAAAAUAAAAAAGACGCUAAGAAAGCCGCAGCAAAAGCUGCUCUUAAAGGACUUUUUGGUUUGGAAUAUCCUACCGAAGUUGAAGAAUCUAACCAGACGCUAAUUCAAGACACUCCUCAAUAAACAAGUUUAAUUCAUAUCAAUCAUGAUUGUAAACACAAUACUUGAAAAAUUACAUUUAGCAGACAUAAUGUAGUACCAACAUAGUACCAGAUCAAUAAUAGAUUUGGAUUUAUUAUUUUUUGCUAUCAUACACCGGCAUUAAUUAGCUAUUCUUACAAUUAAUAACUCUGAAACGAAUCAAUGUCAUCAUAGUUAAUUCUUUUUUUUUUCAUAGACUUCUUGCUAAGUAUUAUAAUGCAUACGUUUUGUUACUUAUAAUUGUCAAUACAUUAAGUUGGUAUUUA